AUGGACGCGGAGGGGUUGCUGGCGUCGGCGGCGAUCAACCUGGGGCUGGCGCUGGUGGCGCUGUCGCUCUUCUCCCUGCUCAAGAAGCAGCCGGGGAACGUGCCCGUUUACCGUCCCCGCCGGAUGGCGACCGGCGAUCUUGGUGCUGGUGGUGGCUUGCUGCCGCUCGGCCACGGGCGACUAACCCCGUCGUUCCGGUGGAUCGGCGCGGCCUUCCGGCUCUCUGAAGAAGACGUGCUGCGUCGCCACGGCCUCGACGCGCUCGUCGUCGUCCGCCUCUUCAAGUUUGGGAUCAAGUGUUUCAGUGUUUGCUCGAUUGUUGGACUAGUGGUCCUUGCUCCAACAAACUAUACUAGUGAAGGUCGAGCUGAUAUCAGAAGAUCGAAUUCCAUGGAACUGUUCACGGUUACCAAUGUAACACGGGGAUCUAAUAGGCUUUGGGUGCAUUUUUCAUGCCUUUGCUUUAUAUCCUUUUAUGUGGUAUAUUUGCUUCAUAAGGAAUACAGCAAAAUUACUAUGAGAAGAAUUGAGCACUUGAAGUAUCACUACAAAAGACAUGAUCAAUACACCAUUUUGGUUCGAGGAAUUCCAACAUGCCCAGAUCAUGGAACUUACGGGUGUUAUGUUGAUCACUUUUUCUCAAAGCAUUAUCAUACAUACCAAUCAUACCAAAUUGUACAUGAUAUAGGAAACAUUGAGGCGUUGCAGAAGUUGGCAUCCUCCAUUGAGAAACGGAUACAGAGGAAAAGAGAGACCAGAAAAUGUAAUCUUUUGGGACGGAUUUGGAGCAAGUUUACUUCAGAAGCAACAAAUAUUCACAACCAUGAAGAAACACUGAAAAAUGUGCAAGAGACUAUCCGCCUCCUACAGUGUGAAAAUAUGCUUCAAAAAAAGGAGGUACCUGUAGCUUUUGUCUCAUUCAAAUCCCGGUUGGAUGCUGCCCAAGCUGCGGAGAUGCAACAGCUUGUCAAUCCACUGUCAUUGGUUACAACUUAUGCCCCUGAACCAACUGAUAUAAUAUGGAAAAAUUUGUCCAUUCCAUUUUGGCGCAUGGCUAUGUACAAACUUGGAGUCUUCGUUGCUGCGUUCCUGCUAACAGUGUUCUUCACCAUCCCUGUAACAGCCGUGCAGGGGAUAGUGCAAUUUGAGAAGAUUAAAAGGUGGUUCCCACCAGCGAGAGCUGUGCAACUUAUACCGGGUUUGAAUUCUGUUGUGACUGGGUAUCUUCCGAGCAUGAUCUUAAAUGGCUUUAUUUACUUGGUUCCUUUUGCGAUGCUUGGUAUGGCUUCAUUUGAAGGCUGCAUUGCCAACAGCCAAAAAGAAAUUAAGGCCUGCAAUAUGGUCUUCUACUUCUUGCUUGGAAAUGUUUUCUUCCUCAGUAUUCUUUCAGGUUCUCUACUCGAUCAGAUAGGAGAAUCCUUCGAACACCCAAAGAACAUCCCUAACCGUCUUGCAAGUGCUGUUUCUGCACAGUCAGAUUUCUUCAUCACAUACAUUUUGACCAACGGCAUGUCAGGGUUCUCUUUGGAGGUUCUUCAGUUUGGUUUGUUAAUAUGGCAAUUUUUAAAGGCGCAUUCACUUGGACACAGUGAGGAACCAUAUCUUUAUGGCUUCCCUUACUUCCGAGUCGUGCCCAUUGUUUCCCUUGCAAUAUUGAUUGGAGUGGUCUACGCUGUAGUUGCACCCCUUCUACUCCCGAUCCUUUUGAUAUACUUUCUGCUUGGUUAUGCCGUGUACAUCAAUCAGGACUGUUUGGGCAAGUCAAAGCCAGGAGCUUCCUUCGCCACAAUUCCCUUGCUUGUGUCGAACAUUCUUUUCAAUGAGUACUGCAAGGUCCGAUUUCUUCCAACUUUCAGCCAUCGACCAGUCCAGGUUGCCAAACAGAGUGAUGAGCUUGAUGAGGCUGAGGGUAUGACUGAAUGCAAUGUGGACAAUGCAAUUUGCGCUUAUAGGCCACCAUGGAUGCGUCCGACAAACCUGGAAUCUAGUUCUGUGCAGCCUUUGAAUGUUUGA